AUCUUUGAAACUUCUAAAUUAAGUGUUAAUGCUUUUUAUUAUUUGAAUGAGUUUUAUCAAAAUGGGGAAAUGUCAUUUUGAAGCAACAUCUUUUGGUGUGCUGCAUCUGCCUAUUGAUUUACUUCUGCAUGUGGUUCUACCUGGCAAAUUAGCAGCCUUUAAACUUAUAGGAGAAUCUCCUUUCACUGAAAAAUUAGAGGGCCUCCAAAUAUUAAGACUCUCUUCACCUCCCCAUUAGGCUAAGCCAGUCCCAUUUCAUUUAAUAUUUAAGAAGUUGGCUAUUGACACAUACACACAGAAAAUUUCUGGUCUGUCUGAAGCUUCCAUUGACUUCUAGAAAAGUUAUUACAGUUUAAGAAUUUGGAGACCAUCCUCAGAUCUUUCAGAUAAAAAUUGUCUUAGCAGAUUUGCCAUUUUGGAAAUACUUUCCCCAUGUUCAUUUGAGCAAAAUUGACUUAAUGCAUUCUUCAAAUUUCUUUAGUAUUACUAAAGUGCUCGCUUCGGCAGCACAUAUACUAGUAUUACUAAAAAUAAUUUCCUUUUUGUGUGUAAUGGGGAAAUACAUAGUAUGCUACAGACAGCAUGUAAUGUGCCUAUUAAACCUUUUAAAACAGGAGUAGGAACUUUUUGUAUUAUUUGCUUUAUGACUUAUAAAGUGUGUGGUAUACAUUUUUCUGCUCUUGUUAAUGAAUCCUACAUAUCUGUUCUUGUAUCCCUAGAAAUACUCUUUACACAGUUGCAUGUUGUUACACUAUUUCUUACUUCUACUUUCCUGUUUCCCAUUUGAAGUGUUAAUGUACUAAGAGCAACCACUUGGAACUUUCAUUGUACCUUUUUCUAUUACUUUUGAAAGUGAAAUUUUGCAGUUUCAUUCUUUUACCCCCAGACUUCUUUCCUUAGGUUUAUUCUAAACAAAAUGGGUAAGACUUUUAAAGGCUUUUCUUUGUUUUUUAGUGUUUUACCUGAAUAUUCUCACAUUUUAUUCAUUCUAAAUUGAAUUCCUAUACCUGGUAGGAUUUUAUUAUGUUAAUGGCUACAUUUAAAACAAACAAACCUGUUAUUACAGUGGCAUUGUUAAGAAAUGGACUUCUGAAAAUCCCAUUAAUAUUUUAUUAUUCUAAUAACUAGUACAUGUCAUGACUUGUAGAACAUAUUUAAUUAUGGUUCCUGUACUUCAUGGUUAUUGGAAUAUAAUCUAGAGCACAUUUUCAUCCCAGAAUUACAGUAUAGUCUAGAAUUUUAUUAGAUAACUAGUGUAUGUGUUUGGAUUAAGGGGAAAAAAGGCUUCAGAGUGGUUUUCCUGAAAACUUGAAAGAAUAAGCUAUUUUGUGAAAAUAAUGAGGAGCCAUGUAACUUUGCUUCAAGCCUAAUGAAAAAAGUUAAUGAAGAAAGAUAUUAGGUUAAAAUUCAUAGAGGUGCCUAGUAGGAGAUGAAACUAGAUUUUCAGCUUAGCAUCAUUGUGAAAUUUGAGUCCUGAUCUUUAAUCAGAGUUUAGUAGCUUUUGUACAUGUUGCUCUAUAUCUAAAGCUAGAGACACCAAGUCCAUUCAUUUACAGAGUUGGUUAGUAAGUUUUUAAAAAUUCAGAAAAACUACAAAUUUGAUGUUUUAUUCAAAGCAGAAUAUUUAAAUCUAAUUUUUUGUUGUUAAUGCUUAAAAUGUGACCGAUUCUUAAAUUUUAAUACAAAUCUUACAUAUGUUUAACUUCCGUUUUGUCUGACUAACAUUUCAGGUAACUGUAGUUUACAUCUUACUCCAUUUAAAAAUAUUCUUUUAUGUUUGCUGUCUGUUUUUCUUUGCUCUGUUAAAAUUUUCAGCUAACAAAAGAACAUUUUUCCUACAUACUUCCUCUAUUGUACACUGUUAAUAGGUUAUUGAAUUUUAGGUAUAUUCUGAGGUAAAAACUGCUAUGGCAAUUUAAAAUUAUUUUUACUUCCUUCUCUACAUAUUUUGAUUCUUUGGGGGUAUGAGGGGUGGUAAAUGAUUUGGUUUCUUUAAAGUUCUUCUCUCCCCCCCACCCCCUCUGGAGAGGAGAAAGUUGGUAUUAUGCUACUUUGCUGCAGAAUUGGCUAAUGUCAUUUUACAGGGACCUUUCAUUUCUGUGAUUUCUCCUUCCCUCCCCACCAGGAAAGAAUGCCAUACAUAAGUCACACUGCCUCCAAGACAUCUGAUGCUUUGACACUCUUCCUUAGCACAACUCUGCUAAGCCCAAAUCCCUUUUGUAUACCUUAUGUUCGUGAUCCACAUGGGGCAGCAGGGAUUACAGGUGCCAUGAAAAAAAUAGAGGGCAAAUGUGAGGCCUCUUAGAGAGGGGUGAGUUGAGGUGAACUGAUCAGAUCCUAGGUGAGCAGAGGGGAAAGGUGCAUCAAUGAUUAUGAAUGUAAUUGGGGGAAACGGGAAACUAAAGCAAAGAGUCCCUGUUGGGAAGAAUAAGAGAGCAGAUAAAGUGAGCGGGGGACUGUUUUCAAUUUCAAUGUCUUAAAAGCUAGUUGUUAAAAAUUGCUUUUCCUUUGGGGACCAGUGUUGGAGCAUCCUGAUUCCCUAGAGUACUUACAUCUUUUUCUAAAGUUGACAAUUGUAUUCUGUAAGAAAAAUACAUGCGGUGGAGUUUUCUGUAUCUAUGCCCUUAAGAUGUUUCUAGGUUGUUUAUUCCUUGUUGAUGCUUAGUAGCAUUAAAAAGCUCUCUUGAAUUUGGGGGGUGGAGGGUUUGUUUUCUUUUCUUUUCUUUGGAUGGAAGUACUUAAGCCAACUUAAAUAUGAUGACUGAGGAUUAAGUCUGGCAGGCACCUCUUUGUAUUUUGUAUUAGACUUCAAAAUCUUUUCUUCUUCUUCUUCUUCUUUUUUUUUUUUUUAAAUCCAGGAGAAUGCUUUAUUGCAACUUUUAGCUGACUAGAUGCUUAACUUAGUAACAAGUUUAGCCCUUGUAACUGGCUAGCUAAAAGCAAAUCGGCUUGUUUCUCAGAUCUUUGGGGGAUAGCAAGAAACAUUUGAGUGAAUGUUGUUGAAGAUUUUCAGUAGUAUAGAAAAUGAUGGCGCUCUUGUGAUAUUUGUAAGUACAAGCAAGGAUUUGGCACAGACAUCCUAUUUCAUGGCUACCAACAGUCUACACCUUACCACCUUCUGUCUUCAGUACAAACCAACAGUGAUAGCAUGUGUAUGUAUUCAUUUGGCUUGCAAAUGGUCCAAUUGGGAGAUUCCUGUGUCAACUGAUGGAAAACAUUGGUGGGAAUAUGUGGAUCCUACAGUUACUCUAGAAUUACUAGAUGAGCUAACACAUGAGUUUCUACAAAUAUUGGAGAAAACACCUAGUAGGUUGAAGAGGAUUCGAAACUGGAGGGCUAAUCAGGCGGCUAAGAAACCAAAAGUAGAUGGACAAGUUUCAGAAACUCCACUUCUUGGUUCAUCUUUGGUCCAGAAUUCCAUUUUAGUAGAUAGUGUUACUGGUGUGCCUACAAACCCAAGUUUUCAGAAACCAUCUACAUCAGCAUUCCCUGCACCAGUACCUCUAAAUUCAGGAAAUAUUUCUGUUCAGGACAGCCAUACAUCUGAUAAUUUGUCAAUGCUAGCAACAGGAAUGCCAAGUACCUCCUACAGUUUGUCGUCACACCAAGAAUGGCCUCAACAUCAAGAGUCAGCACGGACAGAACAGAUGUAUUCACAGAAACAAGAGACAUCUUUGUCUGGUACUCAAUACAACAUCAACUUCCAGCAGGGACCUUCCAUAUCGCUGCAUUCAGGAUUACAUCACAGACCUGACAAAAUUUCCGAUCAUUCAUCCAUGAAGCAAGAAUAUACUCAUAAAGCAGGGAGCAGUAAACACCAUGGGCCAAUUUCUGCUACUCCUGGAGUAAUUCCUCAGAAAAUGUCUUUAGAUAAAUAUAGAGAAAAACGUAAGCUAGAAACCCUUGAUUUGGAUGUAAGAGAUCAUUAUAUAGCUGCCCAAGUAGAACAGCAACACAAACAUGUGCAGUCACAGUCAGCCAGCAGCAGUUCUGUCACUUCUCCCAUUAAAAUGAAAAUUCCUAUCACAAGUACUGAAAAACCUGAAAAAUACACGGCAGAUAAGAAGGAAAAGAGUGGAUCGCUGAAAUUACGGAUUCCAAUACCACCCACUGAUAAGAGUGCUAGUAAAGAAGAACUGAAAAUGAAAAUAAAAGUUUCUUCCUCAGAAAGACACAGCUCUUCUGAUGAGGGCAGUGGGAAGAGCAAGCAUUCGAGCCCACAUAUUAGCAGAGACCAUAAGGAGAAGCACAAAGACCAUCCCUCAAACCGCCACCACCUCAGCAGUCACAAGCAUUCCCACUCACACAGUGGCAGCAGCAGCGGUGGCAGUAAACACAGUGCUGAUGGAAUACCGCCCACUGUUCUGAGGAGUCCUGUCGGCCUGAGCAGUGAUGGCAUUUCCUCUAGUUCCAGCUCUUCGAGGAAGAAGCUGCAUGUCAAUGAUGCAUCUCACAACCAUCACUCCAAAAUGAGCAAAAGUUCCAAAAGUUCAGGUAGUUCAUCUAGUUCUUCCUCCUCUGUUAAGCAGUAUAUACCCUCUCACAACUCUGUUUUUAACCAUCCCUUACCCCCUCCUCCCCCUGUCACAUACCAGGUGGGCUACGGACAUCUCAGCACCCUCGUGAAACUGGACAAGAAGCCAGUGGAGACCAACGGUCCUGAUGUCAAUCACGAGUACAGUACAAACAGCCAGCAUAUGGACUACAAAGACACAUUCGACAUGCUGGACUCGCUGUUAAGUGCCCAAGGAAUGAACAUGUAAUCAUUUGUUUAGGUCAAUUUUUCCUUUACUUUUUUAAUUUAAAAAUUGUUAGAAUGGAAAAUUUCCUCCUGAUCUAGCAGUGGUAACACCUGCUAUUGCUGCCACUGCAUCAAUAUUUGUAAGUGCUGCUUUAUUCUUCAUUCUGAAAAGAAGAGAUGAUAGUAAACAAGUCUUUAUCUCCACAUAUGAUAGUGUUAUAAAUACUGUAAAAGCAUGGAAGGUGCAAAACUCAGUAUUUCUACAAUUGCAGCUAAGAACAUUAGGAUGAAUGGCUGGCUGCUUCUAGGAAUAUAAGAUGCCUCAAGCAUUCAUUAUUUAUAAUUUGAAUACUGUAGCUAUUUUUUGUUUUUGCUUGGCUUUUGAAUGAGUGUAAAUUGUUUUCUUUUGUGUAUUUAUACUUGUAUGUAUGAUUUGCAUGUUUCAAUGAUAAAGGGAUAAAACAGUAUACUGACAACUGUUUACAAGAAAGUGGAGAAAAAUGUACAUACAUUUUUGUAUGUUUAGAUAUUACCAUAAAUACUCAGGAUUGGAGCUGCUUGUAAGUAUAACAAUAUAACUUUAUUUUAUCUUGUCAGAGUCCAUCACUAAUCUAAAACAAAGGUGGCACUUUUUCAUGUUAACCUUAAACUCUAGGCCUUACUGGAAGCCACUGAAGGGGGGGACACUUCACUACCAGAUGGAUAUGCAGUGCCACAGAUGGUCAUUUAUUUAUACUGUGAGGCACUGAACUUUUGCCUUCAGAGCUUCUGACCAGGUUGGCUGCUGAAAUAGCCCCUAAUUUUCUGAAGGCUUGAAGAGGAAAAAAUAAAGUUUACAUACUCUUGAUGUGAAGUGCAUUUGAAAUGUUUGUUGGCUUGUUGCAGUACUAUAAACACAGAGCUGUUAAUAAUGGUUAUGUAGAUUACUGUGAUUUGAAAACUAAAUCCACAAAACUUAUAUAGUGAAGAAUUAGUAGGUUUUUUUCUUAAUAAGGAACUUUAACACUACAUAUUUUAACAGUAAACAGGGAUUGCUUUUCCUUUAGUGUUCAGAAUGACACCAUAUUCUUAAACAUACUCCUCCGAUGAAGUGUGUUUGUGUGUGAUGCCAUAUUUCUUUUUCAGGUAAAUGCAGUCUUCCUUAUAGAAAUGAAAUUAAACCUGUUGUCUCUCAGUUCUUUUAUAUUCUAAAAAUAAAUAAAAAGAAAAGAUCACUGACUGUGCAUUGUACCUGUAUUUAUAGCUUAUGGUUGUUUUCAGGAAGCUCUGUGAGAAAAAGGGGUUAGCCUCCAAGUAAACUAGUGGAGGUUUUACAUUUGUUUGCACAUCUUAGAAUAUUCCUGUUGAGGUCAAGUUUGCACAGUCAUCUAACUUCUGAACAAACAAUAGACUUUAACUUGUUUAAAAUCUGUCUUAAACACCAGUAACGUGGCUCCGGUUUAUCAGCUAAUCUUGAAUUUAUUCUGUGGUAAAUCUUUGAGCUGUUGAGUGUCUUUAGAUGGGGUGAAUUCAACUUUCAUUGAACUGAAAACUGUCUUAAUUUUUUCUUCUAUGUAUAUGAAUUAUUUUUGUUACAAAGCCACUGAUAUGUGCACAAUUGUAAUUUUACUCAAGUAUGUUGCAGUUGUAAAUAUUAGAGAGUUUAAUCUCGUGCUCUACCUUUAUUUAGCGAUUACCUAAUUUGCCAGUAGCUUUAUAAUUUUUUUUUUAAGAUAACUGUUCAUUAUUUUGUCAAUGUUAUUUGAACUUAGGAUACUAGGAGCCUCUUUCUAGGGACUUUACCUAGGUAGCAUGUCCUAACAUUUGUUCUUUGUCUUGCAUAACUUUAGUAAUCUUUGUCAUUACAUGUAACUUUGUUGCUCUGUAUGGCAUAUUAUUGUAUCCAUAAACAUGGUAAUUUUGAUACAGUUAUACUUUUACAGUGGUACAUAAUCCGAGGACUAGUAUAGAAUUAAGCUGAGUGCAAGAUGAGGGCGGGGAAGGGUUUUGUUCUUGGUAAUUUAGAUGUGAAACCUCUAAGGAGCUAUCAUGUGAAACGACAUAGGGUGGUCGUGCUACUGUAUAAUUGGGGAUGAUAAUACCAGGAAUUUUAAUAAGAUUUUGUAAAGAAUAUCCAAAGUAGUGAACUUAUUUUCAGUAUGACAUAGAAAACAAUGUGAAUAUUUAAGGUCUGUGACUAUACUUAAACUUCACUAAGAAUUUGAAGAAUUGUUUUGAGAUGUGGGAAUAAAGGUAAUUUUGUUGAAUCUUUAUUGGUGCUAAUGAUGGACAGUUUAAAAGGUAGCUAGUAUAUAUUGUUAUGGGUCAGUACUUAUUAGUACUUCCAAAAUUGAAUUUGAAAUGCUAUGUAUUCACUUUUCACUCUGUAAAUGUAAUUCUUUACAAUGACUUUAUUUAUUAAAGGGCAGCCAGUUGUAAUUUGUA